AUGGGAAAGACAGAAGUGUGCUCUCUCUAUGAGUGUUUUCUGGACUGUAUUUUCCUCUGCAUCUCUCGAAGCAGCAGUGGGGCUGCAGGCGAUAAUGAGAGAGACACUGAGAACGGCCACCUGAUCUACAAAAGUGGGGACGUCCUCGAAGACAGAUAUGAGAUAGUCGACAAUCUAGGUGAGGGAACCUUUGGGAAGGUGGUGCAAUGCUCGGACCGCAGCAGAGGAGGAAAUCCAAUUGCUCUGAAGAUCAUUAAGAACUUGGAGAAAUACAGAGAAGCAGCCAAACUGGAAAUCAAUGUUUUGGAGAAGAUCAGCAAGAGAGAUCCAGACAACAGACAUCACUGUGUGCAGAUGCUGGACUGGUUUAACUACUACGGCCACAUGUGCAUCUGUUUUGAGCUGUUGUCUCUCAGCACCUUUGACUUCUUGAAAGCAAACAACUUCCUGCCUUAUCCCAUUAACCAGAUCCGACACAUGGCCCACCAGAUCUGCCACGCUGUCCGCUUUCUCCAUGACAACAAGCUGACUCACACCGACCUGAAGCCCGAGAACAUCCUCUUCGUCAACUCAGACUACUCCCUUGUAUACAACGCUGAGAAGAAGUGCAAUGAGCGGAGAAUAAAUGACACCACAGUGCGACUCGUUGACUUUGGCAGCGCCACCUUCGACCACGAACACCACUCGGCCGUCAUCUCUACACGACACUAUCGAGCUCCAGAGGUCAUACUGGCGUUGGGUUGGAGUCACCCAUGUGACGUGUGGAGUAUCGGGUGCAUCCUGUUUGAAUACUACGAGGGCUUCACCCUGUACCAGACUCAUGACAACAAGGAGCAUCUUGCUAUGAUGGAGAGCAUACAGGGACCGGUUCCUCAGAGAAUGAUCCAAAGCAGCAGAAAGCAGAAGUAUUUCCACCGUGGGCGUCUCAACUGGAAUCAGUGCUCCAUGGCCGGACGAUACGUGAAAGCCAAGUGCAAACCAUUGAGGAAGUACUUGUUGUCACAUGGAACAGAACACCACCAGUUGUUUGACCUCUUGGACAGGAUGCUGGAGUACGAGCCCUCAACACGCAUCUCUCUUUCCACUGCCCGCUGUCAUCCCUUCUUCCUGCCUCUUCAUCAUCCAGGAAGGAGUCAAGUGUGGAGGAACAGCUGUGACAUGAGCGGACGAGACCCUGAAUAG